GCGCACUAUAUUCAAAGAGGUAGUACUUACCUUUGCUAUAUUCUUGUAUCCCUAUGGCGGUAGCAUAACAAACUCUAAGUGUUUUGUUGAACAAAUUUGUGGUUAAGAUGGCUGCAGAAAGUGGUGUAAUAAAAGUUAAUAAAUGGGAUGGUGGAGCAGUGAAAAAUGCAUUGGAUGAUGCAGUGAAAGAUGUACUUACAAAAAAGUAUAAUUACGUAGAAAACUUUGCUUUAUUUGAUGGAAAGUUAGCUCUUUGUGGAAUUGCUGUGAUAAUUGCUAUUGUUGCUAUUUUAUGUGACUAUCUUUAUCCUUUCCCCGCAUCUAAACCAGUUUUAAUUGCCUGUGUUUCAUUGUAUUUCUUCUUAAUGGGACUUUUAACACUGUAUACAACAUAUAAAGAAAAGGGUAUAUUUGUAGUUGCAAUUAAAAGAGAUCCAGCAGGUUUCAAGCCUGAUUUAAUUUGGAAAGCAAGUUCAUACUUGAAAAAACAUGAUGACAAAUAUAAUCUUAUAUUGUCUGUCAGAAGCAAAGCCACAGGAUUCUCUUCUAUUACGAGAUCUGUUGCAGAUUUUAUUGAUGUAAAUGGUGUUGUCAUUCCAGAGUUAAUAGAAAAUCUUGUAACAAGUAUGCAUGAUAGUUUGACUGGUCAACGCAAGGAGAAGUAGCAGGGGCAAAACAAAUACGUUCAAAUGUGAGCAUUACUUUUUUAUAACAUCCAGUAAAAGAUUAAUUGGUUUUUAUAUUUUACAUAUUUGGCACAAAUAUGUGGUGAAAAUAAGAAUCCAGUAAUUUAAAAUGAUGUAUGUAUUGUAAUUUAUGUUUAAAUACAAUAAAAAACAAAUAUAAACUUUUA